AUGACAGCGUUACAACCAAGAAGGCUCCAAGUGUCCCAAGAGAUUACUGGAGAAGGGAUGUUGCCUGUGAGAAACAACUGGUUCAUCAGUCUGAGCGGGUUCCCACUUUACGCAGUGGUGUGCAACCCCCUCUAGCGUUCAAAUGGCAAAUCUGCACACAUUCACUAAUAACAUCGUGUAAAGGAAUGAGAUUUUCUCACAUUCUCUUCCUGCCAGUAAAUAAAUAAAUGAUAUGCACCACUACAUAGAACAUAUACAAGUGCUUUGGCGCUGUGGAGUAAAUGUAUUGUCGAGUUGUAGGAUCUGUUAUGCUGAAACACUUUUCUUCAGGCCACAGUCAUCAGUUUGAUGACUUGUCAGCCCCCAUUAUUAUCAUCACCACUGUCUCUUCAGGGAAGGCAUAGAAAUCCAUUGUUUGGCGUUGCUAAAGCGUUUCAUGAUCUGUUUUAUUUAAAAUUAUAUGGGGCCAUACAUGGGGUAUUUUGCUUUUAUGGAGUCAAAUGUAGAAUAUCACCGCUGAACUGAAUGUAAUGGGUAAACAUUUAUAAUCAACCAUUUAUAUACCUAUUGUAUAGUUUAUAACAUGCAUUCUAUUUUGUACAUGCUGAGAAGAUAGACGAUUAGUUAUCACGAUCCUCAGCAUCAUCAUCUUCAUCACAGCCUACUUCGAGCGCCUCUCUGAGGGGGGCAAACUGUUCAAAUGGCCGGAGGGCUGCCUGCUGAAGCAACCCUGAGCUCCUGUCUGUGACGAAGCGAACGUCAGCGGGACAGAGCCAACCACAGCCAGUGUCAUUUGCACAGAAGAAGACCCAUACGACGGUGCUGCUCGACAGUGGUUCUCAGUGAGAUUGCCAAUGCUUGAGUCGGUGCUAGUAACUCCGCUACACUAGCCCGAAUUUGCUCCUAGACUGCUUUGCUUAGAUCUGCAUUAAUGAUCUUAAAUUAAGUAAGUGGUGUGGAGAUGCUGUGGAGGAAUAUACCUGUGCGCAAAGAGAGUCUUCGUCCUUCUCCCCACAGAGUGGAAACUGGAUAUGUAGCCAGAACUCCAGGGGUGUUUCCACAGUAAUGCAUCUUGGAAGUUGUGGCAAUCAAAUGAUUCCCUACUUUAACCCUCGGAGAAGCCUCGUAGAUGAUAUUUCUCUGCGCAACUUCAUGGAUUUGGAUUGACUGAAGACUAUAUGAAGAACAGACAUGGCAGUGCCAAAUAUAGUAUUCUCAGACGUGGAAAGUUUUCUGGACUCGCAUCCCGAGUUAUUCGAGGACUACCUGAAUAGAAAAGGGAAUUAUAGCAUUGUGGAGAAAUGGCUUAAGAAUCACCAGGCAAGUAAAAGUCCGGCGGCUGCAGCUCGCUCUGAGCCGAGAGAGGACAAGAGCAUCGCGUGUAAGGACAGCUGGGCAAGCAAAUGUGACGGCCUGCAACGGAGAGCCUCGCAGAAAGAGCUGCGCAAAACUUUCGCCAGAUCAAAGGCCAUCAAUGUCAACAGGACAUACGACGAACAUGUUAAUUCUAGGGCCCAGGAGCCGCUGACAAGCAUGAGGAGAAGAGCUCUGCUGAGGAAAGCCAGCUCUCUGCCCCCGACCACUGCGCACAUACUGAGCGCACUGCUUGAGUCCAGAGUCAACAUCCCCCAGUACCCGUCAACAGCCGUGGAUUUUAAAUAUUACCUCAAAGAACAUAACGAAAGAGAGUUUUUCCUGGAGCUUGUAAAAGACAUAUCUAACGACUUGGAUCUAACGAGUCUCAGCUACAAAAUCCUUGUGUUUGUUUGUAUUAUGGUCGAUGCAGACCGGUGCUCCUUGUUUUUAGUGGAGGGGACGGGCAACAAGAAGACUCUCGUGUCCAAAUUCUUUGACGUGCACGCAGGUACCACAGUUUUACCUUCGAUGAAUUCAGAUGAAGUUCAAGUGCCGUGGGGGAAAGGAAUCAUUGGAUAUGUGGCCGAACACGGAGAGACAGUGAACAUCCCGGACGCGUAUCAGGAUCGACGGUUCAGUGAUGAAAUCGACAAGCUGACAGGCUACAAAACCAAGUCGCUCUUGUGCAUGCCCAUUGGCAACAGUGAUGGAGAGAUCAUUGGAGUUGCUCAGGCCAUCAACAAGACUUCAAGCGGAGAACUCUUCACUGAAGAUGAUGAAAAGGUGCUGCAGAUGUACCUGCCCUUCUGUGGUAUUGCAAUCUCCAAUGCCCAGCUCUUUGCUGCUUCAAGGAAGGAGUAUGACAGGAGUCGAGCACUCUUGGAGGUAGUCAAUGACCUUUUUGAGGAGCAGACUGACCUGGAGAAAAUUGUCAGGAAGAUCAUGCACCGUGCCCAGACGUUGCUAAAGUGCGAGCGUUGCUCUGUACAAUUGCUUGAGGACAUUGAGUCACCGGUACUGUUUUUCUCUCUGCUGUCCCACUGUGUAGUGAAGUUCACCAAGUCCUUUGAACUGCUGUCCCCUAAGUGUAGUGCAGACACUGAAAGCAGUUUUAAAGACAGUAUGGAGAAAUCAUCUUACUCAGACUGGCUCAUCAACAACAGUAUUGCAGAGCUGGUAGCAUCCACAGGGCUACCCGUCAACAUCAGCGAUGCUUAUCAGGAUCCACGCUUCGAUGCUGAGGCAGACCAGUUCUCAGACUUCCACAUCCGCUCUGUCCUUUGUGUCCCCAUAUGGAACAGCAACCACCAAAUUAUUGGUGUUGCUCAAGUGCUGAACAGACUUGAUGGGAAGCCAUUUGAUGAUGCAGAUCAGCGUCUCUUUGAGGCAUUUGUCAUCUUUUGUGGACUUGGCAUCAACAAUACUAUCAUGUAUGACCAGGUGAAGAAGUCUUGGGCCAAGCAAUCUGUGGCUUUGGAUGUUCUGUCUUACCAUGCCACUUGCUCCAAGACUGAAGUUGACAAAUUCAAGGCUGCUAACAUCCCCCUGGUUUGCGAGCUGGGUAUUGAUAAACUGUCCUUUGAUGAUUUCUCUCUGGAUGUUGAUGCCAUGAUUACAGCCACUCUGAGAAUGUUUAUGGAGUUGGGUAUGGUGCAAAAAUUCAAGAUAGACUAUGAGACACUGUGCAGAUGGCUGCUGACUGUCAGAAAAAACUACAGAAUGGUCCUUUACCACAACUGGAGACACGCCUUCAAUGUUUGCCAGUGCAUGUUUGCUAUGCUGACGACGGCAGGCUUCCAGGAAACUCUGACAGAGGUGGAGAUCUUAGCGCUCAUCGUAGGUUGUGUGUGCCACGAUUUGGACCACAGGGGCACCAACAACGCUUUUCAGGAAAAGACGGGCUCAGCCCUCGCUCUGCUUUAUGGGACCUCUGCUACACUGGAGCACCACCACUUCAACCAUGCUGUUAUGAUCCUGCAGAGCGAGGGUCACAAUAUCUUCUCUAACCUGUCGUCCACGGAGUACAGCAACCUCAUGCAGCUGCUGAAACAGUCCAUUCUGGCCACAGACCUCACACUGUACUUCGAGAACAGAAACAUCUUCUUUGAGCUGGUCAGCAAAGGAGAGUACAACUGGAAUGUGAAGGCUCAUAGGGAUAUGUGCAGAUCCAUGAUGAUGACAGCAUGUGAUCUUGGUGCUGUCACUAAACCAUGGGAGAUAUCACGCAAGGUGGCAGAGCUGGUGACCAGCGAGUUCUUCGAGCAGGGCGACAGAGAGAGAUCAGAACUGAAGCUCACACCCUCAGCCAUCUUUGAUCGAAACAGGAAGGAUGAGUUACCAGGGCUUCAGAUGGAGUGGAUUGAUGGAAUUUGUGCGCCACUGUAUGAGACUCUGGUCAAGUUGAAUCCCAAACUUCAACCAGUGCUUGACAUGAUCAAAGCUAAUAGGGUCAAAUGGGAGGAACUGAACAAGAAGAGGCAAAGUAUUUCUGCACCCAUGAGCCCCCACGGUGGCGACAGCACAGAAACCAGCGGGUGCACUGUGGCCAAAGCUGGCAGCACACCCUACUGUAGUGACAAUGCUGAUGGUUCGCCAUCCAAACCUGUUAGUUAGCUACUGUUGUCAUUUUUGAGCUGAUCUCUGGCUUUUUUCCCCUCUUAAAAUACAGCCUGCAACAGAGGCAGUGAAGUGCAUGCAGAGGUUCUUGGGCUCUGCUCCUCUUUGCUUUUGCCACUAGAGACUUGAGACCUUGACUUAGACCUGAGUAAAGCACUAUCAUAGUGGUUUUUCUGCUCCCUUCAAUCUUCCUGUGCUGAAGGCUGACAGAGCUGAGUUUGGCAAGCGUGUUGAAACAGCUACAAAUCAGCUGACGGCAUCGUGUCUGAAAGGAAACUCAAACCACUGUGUCAACAUGUCAAUCUGUCAGCUGACAGCAACUACUAUGGGCAUUGCACAGUUUUUAGGCACAACGUGUGGAAAAUAUCAGAGAGGAAGGUUUGUCACCGCUGAGGGUUGUUUUACUCUCAGUUCCUACUUGCAGUUUGUCUGGGGUAACAGAUGUUUCUUGUAAAUUUGUACAUAUGCUAUUGAGGUUGAAAACUAUGUUAUUUAAGUGCUGUGUAAAAAACUGUAAGCUCUGGAUUAUAAUGUGGCUGAAGUAUGAAAGGGUGUAGGAACAGCACGACCUGUGACAGUAUAAUGCAAAAUGAGUGCUAUGCUCCCUCCCUUCCUGUGCCUUGUUUUAGGAUCCCAAUGAAAAUGCAUGGCGUCCUCACUGAGAUUCGUAGAUAGUAUAUAAAUCCAUGUUGAACGUGUUUGGCCAAAAUUUGUAAACCCAAUGACUAUAGUUUUCUUGAUCUGAUGUUAGCCACAAAUCAUUAACCUUUAUAGAUGCAGAUAUGGAACUCUAUUUUGCCCAGUUUUAUAAAUGGAGGGUCUCACACACAGAAUGUGCCUUGAAGUUGUUUGAUCACAUUAUUCCAGCAGAAAAGUCCUUUUGUCAACUGAUUUUACAAUGAGAACUCAAGCAUAAAGCAACAUAGCAUAAACUUACAAAACUACAUUAAAAGGAACAGCUGAAAAUUUUCAUACACACUUGUGCGCUGUCUGGUGGUGGGUUAGAUAAGAAGAUCAAUAUCACUCUCCUGACUGUCCAAUAAAUAUGAAACUGCAGCCAGCCGCCAGUUAGCUUAGCAUAGAGACUAUAAAUAAGGGGAAAGAGCUGACCUGGUUCUAUGCAAAGGAAAUAAAACAUGCCUACCAGUGGCUUUAAAUCUUAUUUGCUAAUACUUUAUCUUCUUUUAAUACAUAAUUUUGCAGACAACAAUUCACCAUAUUACAAGGGCUACAUGUCAGAUCUUUUGUCUAGAACCAGCCACUUCUUGCAGUCUCUGCUGCCAAGAAAUACAGUAGUCCAACAUACAAACCCACAUAAAACAAACUGUAGAGCUUUCGUACUCACACCAAAAUGUAAUUAACACAAUAUGCCCAGUAUGUCUGCAGACAGUGGCAGAAGUACUCUGAUCCCUUACUUAAGUAAAGGUAGCAAUUCAACUGUGUAAAAAUACUCUGUUACAAGUA